AUGCACGCGGGGGCUUUUUUGUCGGCACAACCAAGUGGUACGCUGGGUUACACGGCUAACCUUUGCCAGAGUUCUUUCGGCAAGCACUUGGAUGCUCACUCUACGGCGCUCGGAAGCGCUGUACCCGCUUUCCGACGUUCACGUCACCGGCGGGGCGCAGGCGCCUUGCUCCUGCGACGCCGGUCGCUCCUCGCCGAGUGCGAGCAGCGUGGCAGACUGCUCAGGUCCGCAGCUACGAAAGGACAGAGGGACGUCGAAAGGCACACCGCUACAAAGACGCUGGUGCUCACUCGACCGGUCUUUUACUCGAGGUGUCCUCAGCACCACAAGGCGUUCGAGAGACCAAUAGCACGCUGGAUGCAGGCAGCUUCGCUGUCGAGAACAGGCGGAACAGCGCGUGCCUCGGUGCCAAGCUUCCCGACGGCGCUGCGCCACAUUGCGAACACUCUCCAGGAACCGCUUCAGUACACAGACUUUGUUGCAGUGGAGCGCGCGCGUCGGCAUGUCGAGGCGCUGCUGCGGGGCGGGCCCCAGAACCUACCGGCUUUUGAGUUUCUGGCACCUGUCUCCGAGGAAGCGCCGCAAAAUGCUCGCGGGCCGCGGAACCGCGCAGCGCCGUCGCGCUAUCCCUCGCGAAGCCCGGGCGGUGUUGCACCACCCCAUCGCUACUAUGAGUUACGCUUGCGGCCACCGGGUGAAGAGAUCGUUCUGCGGUCUAGCGAUUAUAAGGAGCGAUGCUGUGGGCGCAUGGGCGAGGAAUGCCUCGCUAGCCAAGACUCGAAUGGUGUCCAGUCAUCGAGCGGCUCUUGCGAGCGCGAAGGGACUGCGUUUAUUCGAGUUCCAGGGGUUGUAGAUUGGACGGCGAAAGGCGCUCUCGAGAAAUGGUUUGCACGAGCAUCUCGUUGGCAACUGUUUGACGACGGCACCUUUGCUACCACCCAACGGCCGGUGAUUGAGCUUUCCCAUCGCGAGGAGUCGGCAGCAGCCGCACCGUUCGCUGAGCCAGUCGUUGGAUUCCGGAUACAUGAUCGCCAAUGGAGCCGCUACCUCUGCAACCAUCCACGCGUCAUCGCGAUCGGUGACGUACAUGGCUGUAUCACAGAGCUGCAGGACCUACUCCGCGUCUGCGACUAUCGACCUGGCGACGAGUUGAUUCUGCUCGGAGACCUGGUAGCAAAGGGCCCCGAUUCGCAAGCCGUCGUGCAAAUGGCCCGUGAAAUCGGUGCUCGGGCCGUGAGAGGCAACCACGACCACGAGGUCAUUCGUUGUCGGGAAGCAAUGAUGCGAGGCCACGAUCCCAGCUACGCCUCCGUCGAUCAUCAGCGUAUCGCGCGGCAACUGAGCCAACAGGAGCACGAAUGGUUGCGGAGCUGCCCCUGGUACAUCCGCUCAGAGGAUCUGGAAACGGUCUUUGUUCACGCCGGAUUCCAGCCGGAUGUGCCUUUCGAGGAACAGCUGCCUCGCCACAUGAUGAAUCUGCGUUCUGUGCUCGAAAACGGUGCUCCAAGCGCUCGCCACUCGAAUGGCAUGGCUUGGGCGCGCCUCUGGAAAGGUCCGCUUCGUGUUGUAUUUGGACAUGACGCAUACAUGGGCCUCCAGCUCUGGGACAAGUGCAUCGGCCUGGAUACCGGAUGCGUGUAUGGUGGUAGACUCACAGCGCUGCUUUUGCCCGAAAAUCGCCUGAUAUCUGUCCCUGCACGAAAGAUGUACGUUGCUCCACGCAAACGAGGAUGA